CAGAAGCAGAGAGCAUUCUGGAACGGUCUCUGUGUUUUCCACCGAGAAUACAGAAAUUACGAUCAAUUAGUAAGGCUUUGUGGAUCGAAAUCUGGGCUGUUUCAGGAGGAGACACAUAUUACAUUAUUUUUGGAUGCUGGGCUUUGCAGUGAUUUUUCAUUCUCUUUCAAUCAGAGUUUCUACAGUGGCUGUUCAUUCUCACUGUAUUUGGAGAAAAGUGCUAUUAAGAGCUGCUUUGUCAAGAGCAGAGACCUAAAAGAGAGGGAUGUCAUCUUCUUUUCCUCUCUAGAAGUAAAACAAAAUAACAACAUAAAACAGUAAAUUAAAAAAAAAAGGCAGAAAUAUAUCUAUAUGAGAUAUCCAAAUGAGAAUAAAUGUCUGAAAGACAAUUCAUCUGAAUCUCUGUGGCUGAAGACUAAUAUGUGUGAGAUGUUGGAAAAAUACGUCUGUGUGAAUAUGUAGAUUUACCCUUGUCUACUGCAAUUAAUUUUUGAGAAUUCGUGUGUUCAAAGGAAUGAAGAAUGAGAGAAUCUUGAAGGAACUGUAGUCUUGAAGAAGCUUCAGGUCCCAAGGAGAAGCCUUCCUUUCCAAUUCAUUUUCUGCUAGAAAUGAAGCCUUUUUCUUUUCACAUUAGCCCAAGAUGCAGAGGUUAAAUUCUGAGAUUUGGCAUUUCUUACAAAAAUAAAGGUCCUUCUUAUGCAAGAAGCUAAAAGUAAUUAAAUUUGCAGGAUGAAAACAUGGCACAGGCACUGCUGGUACCACCUGGACCUGAAAGCUUCCGCUAUUUUACUAGAGAUUCUCUCGCAGCUAUUGAAAAGCGUUCUGCAGAAGAAAAAGCUAAAAAGCCCAAGCAAGAACAUACAGAUGAUGAUGAUGAAAAUGGUCCAAAACCAAACAGUGACUUGGAGGCAGGAAAGACUCUGCCAUUUAUUUAUGGUGACAUACCUCCAGGAAUGGUGUCUGAACCUUUGGAAGACCUGGACCCAUAUUAUAUCAAUAAAAAAACUUUCAUAGUAUUGAAUAAGGGAAAAGCAAUUUUCCGAUUCAGUGCCACAUCUGCCUUGUAUAUUUUAACUCCUUUUAAUCCCAUCAGAAAAAUUGCUAUCAAGAUUUUGGUACAUUCAUUAUUCAGCAUGCUUAUCAUGUGCACUAUUUUGACCAACUGUGUAUUUAUGACCAUGAGUAACCCUCCAGACUGGACAAAGAAUGUAGAGUACACUUUCACUGGAAUUUAUACCUUUGAAUCACUUAUCAAAAUUCUUGCAAGGGGCUUCUGCUUAGAAGGUUUUACUUUUCUGCGAGACCCAUGGAACUGGCUUGACUUCAGUGUCAUUUUAAUGGCAUAUGUGACAGAGUUUGUGGACCUGGGCAAUGUCUCAGCGUUGAGAACAUUCAGAGUUCUCCGAGCUUUGAAAACAAUAUCAGUCAUUCCAGGCCUGAAGACUAUUGUAGGAGCCCUGAUUCAGUCAGUGAAGAAGCUCUCAGAUGUGAUGAUCCUGACUGUGUUUUGUCUGAGUGUAUUUGCACUGAUAGGGCUGCAGCUGUUCAUGGGCAACCUGAGGAAUAAAUGCCUGCAGUGGCCUCCAGACAAUUCUACUUUUGAGAUAAACAUUAUUUCCUACUUUAACAGCACAAUGAAUGAAAACGGUACAUUUGUUAACAUGACAGUGAGCACGUUUAACUGGAAGGAUUACAUUGAGGAUGAAACUCAUUUUUACAUUUUGGAAGGACAAAGAGAUGCCCUACUUUGUGGUAAUAGCUCUGAUGCAGGGCAAUGCCCAGAAGGAUAUAUAUGUGUGAAAGCUGGCAGAAACCCCAACUAUGGCUACACAAGUUUUGACACCUUCAGUUGGGCUUUCUUGUCACUGUUUCGGCUAAUGACUCAGGACUUCUGGGAAAACCUCUAUCAGCUGACUCUUCGUGCUGCUGGGAAGACAUACAUGAUAUUUUUUGUUCUGGUGAUUUUUCUGGGCUCUUUCUAUCUGAUAAACCUGAUCCUGGCUGUGGUCGCCAUGGCCUAUGAAGAGCAGAAUCAAGCAACAAUGGAAGAAGCAGAGCAGAAAGAGGCAGAAUUUCAGCAAAUGCUGGAACAACUGAAGAAGCAACAAGAAGAAGCUCAGACAACAGCAGCAGUAGCAGCAGCAUCAGUUGCAUCAAGAGAUUUCAGUGGUGUAGGGGGAUUAGGAGAACUCUUGGAAAGCUCUUCAGAAGCAUCAAAGUUGAGCUCAAAGAGUGCUAAAGAAAGAAGAAACAGAAGGAAGAAAAGAAGACAGAAAGAAAUGUCUGAAGCAGAGGACAAAGGAGAUAUCGAUAAGUUCCCUAAGUCUGAGUCAGAAGACAGUAUCAGAAGGAAAAGUUUCCGCUUCUCCACAGAAGGAAGUCAACUGACAUAUGAAAAAAGGCUCACUUCUCCUCACCAGUCUCUGUUAAGCAUUCGUGGUUCUCUGUUCUCACCAAGGCGCAACAGCAAAACCAGCAUUUUCAGUUUCAGAGGUCAUGCAAAGGAUAUAGGAUCUGAAAAUGACUUUGCUGAUGAUGAGCACAGCACUCUUGAAGACAAUGAGAGCAGAAGAGAUUCUCUCUUUGUUCCAAAUCGACAUGGAGAAAGGCGCAACAGUAACAUCAGCCAGGCCAGUGUGUCAUCUAGAAUGAUACCAGCCCUUCCAGUGAAUGGGAAGAUGCACAGCACUGUGGAUUGCAAUGGGGUGGUUUCCUUGGUUGGAGGACCUUCAACUCUAACUUCACCUACUGGUCAGCUUCUGCCAGAGGGCACCACUACAGAAACAGAAAUAAGGAAAAGGAGACUGAGUUCAUACCAAAUUUCCAUGGAAAUGCUGGAAGAGUCUGCUGCAAGACAAAGAGCAAUGAGCAUAGCAAGCAUACUUACAAAUACAAUGGAAGAGCUUGAAGAAUCCAGACAGAAAUGCCCACCAUGCUGGUACAGAUUUGCAAAUACUUUCUUGAUCUGGGACUGCUGGAGUCCAUGGUUAAAAGUAAAGCAUGUCGUCAAUUUAGUUGUGAUGGAUCCAUUUGUUGAUCUUGCUAUAACAAUUUGCAUUGUUUUAAACACUUUGUUUAUGGCCAUGGAACAUUACCCAAUGACAGAACAGUUUAGCAGUGUCCUUUCUGUGGGGAACUUGGUAUUCACUGGGAUAUUUACAGCAGAAAUGGUACUAAAGAUCAUUGCCAUGGACCCUUACUAUUAUUUCCAAGAAGGCUGGAAUAUUUUUGAUGGUAUAAUCGUUAGCCUUAGUUUAAUGGAACUUGGUCUUGCAAAUGUUGAAGGAUUAUCUGUUCUUCGGUCAUUCAGAUUGCUUCGAGUUUUCAAAUUGGCAAAAUCUUGGCCAACCCUAAAUAUGCUGAUUAAGAUUAUUGGCAAUUCUGUGGGGGCUCUGGGGAACCUGACCCUGGUGCUGGCCAUCAUUGUGUUCAUUUUCGCUGUGGUUGGGAUGCAGCUGUUUGGGAAAAGCUACAAGGAAUGUGUCUGCAAGAUCUCCAGUGACUGUGAACUUCCUCGCUGGCACAUGCACGACUUUUUCCACUCUUUCCUGAUUGUAUUCCGAGUGCUGUGUGGAGAAUGGAUAGAAACAAUGUGGGACUGCAUGGAGGUUGCAGGCCAAGCCAUGUGCCUUAUUGUUUUCAUGCUGGUCAUGGUGAUUGGAAACCUAGUGGUAUUGAACCUAUUUCUGGCCUUGCUGCUGAGCUCAUUUAGUUCAGACAACCUUGCUGCUACAGAUGAUGAUAAUGAAAUGAACAAUCUCCAGAUUGCUGUGGCAAGGAUUCAGAAAGGCAUAGAUUAUGUAAAAAAAAAGAUACAGGAGUUCAUCCGAAAAGCCUUCAUUAGAAAGCAGAAAUCUUUAGAGGAAAUCAAAGCACUUGAAGAGCUAAACAACAAGAAAGACAGCUGCAUUUCCAAUCAUACUGCUGUUGAAAUAAGCAAAGAUCUGAAUUAUCUUAAAGAUGGGAAUGGAACCACCAGUGGUGUAGGCACAGGCAGCAGUGUGGAAAAAUACGUAAUUGAUGAAAAUGAUUAUAUGUCAUUCAUAAACAACCCAGGCCUCACUGUGACAGUGCCCAUUGCACUUGGAGAAUCAGAUUUUGAAAAUUUAAAUACAGAAGAAUUUAGCAGCGAAUCUGAUAUGGAGGAAAGCAAACAGAAACUAAAUGCAUCAAGCUCAUCAGAAGGCAGCACUGUUGAUAUUGCUCCUCCUGGAGAGGGCGAGCAAGCAGAAAUUGAAAGUGAAGAAGCUCUUGAACCAGAAGCCUGUUUUACUGAAGGUUGUGUGCAGAAAUUUCCAUGUUGUCAAGUAAGUAUAGAAGAUGGCAAAGGAAAAACUUGGUGGAAUCUUAGAAAAACCUGCUACAGCAUAGUUGAACACAACUGGUUCGAGACUUUCAUUGUAUUCAUGAUUCUUCUCAGCAGUGGAGCACUAGCUUUUGAAGAUAUAUAUAUUGAACAACGCAAAACUAUCAAGACCAUGCUGGAAUACGCUGACAAAGUUUUUACGUAUAUUUUCAUUUUGGAAAUGCUUUUAAAAUGGGUAGCAUAUGGUUUUCAAAUAUAUUUUACUAAUGCCUGGUGCUGGCUGGACUUCCUGAUUGUUGAUGUCUCAUUGGUUAGUUUAAUAGCCAAUGCUCUGGGCUAUUCUGAACUUGGUGCCAUUAAAUCGCUACGGACUUUAAGAGCUUUAAGACCUUUAAGAGCCUUGUCACGAUUUGAAGGAAUGAGGGUGGUUGUAAAUGCCCUUGUAGGAGCAAUCCCAUCUAUCAUGAAUGUAUUGCUGGUAUGUCUUAUAUUCUGGCUAAUCUUCAGCAUCAUGGGAGUAAAUCUUUUUGCUGGAAAAUUCUAUCACUGUGUCAACACCACAACUGGUGAGAUGUUUGAUAUCAGUGAUGUCAACAAUUAUACUCAGUGUGUGGAACUCAUAAAAAGCAAUCAAAGUGCCCGAUGGAAGAAUGUGAAAGUAAACUUUGAUAAUGUAGGAGCUGGAUAUCUUGCUCUGCUACAAGUAGCUACUUUCAAAGGAUGGAUGGAUAUUAUGUAUGCUGCUGUUGAUUCACGAGAUGUAAAAGAUCAACCUAAGUAUGAGGACAACUUGUACAUGUAUCUCUAUUUUGUCAUCUUUAUCAUAUUUGGAUCAUUUUUUACCUUGAACCUUUUCAUUGGCGUUAUUAUAGACAACUUCAACCAACAAAAAAAGAAGUUUGGAGGUCAGGAUAUAUUUAUGACAGAAGAACAGAAGAAAUAUUACAAUGCAAUGAAAAAACUGGGAUCCAAAAAGCCACAGAAACCUAUACCUAGGCCAGUGAACAAAUUCCAAGGCAUGAUCUUUGAUUUUGUAACCAAACAAGUAUUUGACAUCAGCAUCAUGAUACUCAUCUGCCUUAACAUGGUCACAAUGAUGGUAGAAACAGAUGAUCAGAGUAAAGAAAUGGAAACAAUUUUAUCCCGGAUUAACCUGGUUUUCAUUGUCCUUUUCACUGGAGAAUUUGUCCUGAAAUUGAUUUCACUUCGCCAUUACUACUUCACUGUAGGCUGGAAUAUUUUUGAUUUUGUGGUUGUGAUUCUCUCCAUAUUUGAUCCCGAUGCAACACAAUUCAUAGAAUAUAGUAAAUUAUCAGAUUUUGCAGCUUCAUUAGACCCACCUCUUCUCAUAGCAAAGCCAAACAAAGUCCAGCUUAUUGCAAUGGACCUGCCCAUGGUGAGCGGUGACAGAAUUCACUGCCUUGACAUCUUGUUUGCUUUCACAAAGCGUGUGUUGGGGGAAAGCGGGGAGAUGGACGCCCUCAGAAUACAGAUGGAAGAUCGGUUUAUGGCAGCCAAUCCUUCUAAAGUCUCCUAUGAACCAAUUACAACCACACUGAAACGAAAGCAGGAGGAGGUGUCUGCUGUCAUCAUUCAGCGUGCUUACAGACGUCACCUUUUAAGGCUAAAAGUUAAACAGGUAUCUAGUAUAUAUAAUAGAAAUAAAAACAAAGAAGGAGAUGGACACAUUAUAAAAGAGAUAAUUAUUGAUAAACUUAAAGGGAACUCCACUCCAGAAAAAACAGAUGAGAGUUCUUCUACAACUUCCCCACCCUCUUAUGACAGUGUAACAAAGCCAGACAAAGAAAAAUAUGAAAAAGAUAAAGCAGAAAAGAACUACAAAGGCAAAGAUGUCAGGGAAAAUAAAAAAUAAUGAUCUAAGAAUUUUGUUAAGGGGACAACUUGUUUACAGUCUUUGAGAAUGAAUCAUCAACUGGACUCCUGCAGGAGAUUCAUGCCAAACUGACAGUUUUUACAGAUAUAUACGUGUGUGUGCGCGCGCGUGUGUGCAUAUAUAUACAUUACAUAUAUACUUAAGGUCAGUGCCUAUAACAAAACAGUGAACCUCCAUCAUCAGACUGUGACUCUGUUAAUCAGGGUAAAAAACUUGACAAGAGGUUACUGUUUUCACUACAGCUGACAACUGCUAAGAACAAGGGAAAAGAUGGCUCCAUAGAGAAGAUGGAGCAUGAAGUGAGUGUAAAAGGAUACUUUAUUUCCACAACAUGUAGAAUAGUAAUUCUCUUCACUGUUUGUAAUGCAACUGCCACAUUUGUCAUAUUUUUACAAAAAUUGUAUUAGUGUAUUUAUCAUUUUUUAAUUCACAAGUUGUUUACUAUUAUAUGUGACUAUUUUUGUAAUAGGUUUUAUGUUGGGGGAAGAGGUAUGAGGACCAGGAGUUCUACUCUCAGAUUCUCUAUAAUGUACAGAUAGGAGUGAUUUGCAUAGACAUGCUGCACUUGUCAAUCAUGCGUAAAUAAAAAUAUGACGUUGCACAAAGCUGAAGAUUUUAAGAACUUCCAUGUUUCAGGGUUGGUCUUAAAUUUGAAGUAUUCUAACUACUUGUAUGGUUGCAUCCAGAUUAUGUGCAUCCAGAUUAAUGUGCCUGGAGAGUCUCCUCUAAUUUACAGGAAUCUGCAAUGACUUAUUUUUAUGUGAAUGAUUAAACAUGAACAAGGUCUUGUUUAUGUUAAAAUAUUUACAGCUCAAAAAAAUAUUGUGCAGUUUCUGCACUGAAAAAAUAGCUUCACCAAAAUAUAUCUGGGAGUUCCUUUGUUUUGUUUUAUUUUUAACAGCUCUUUUUUUUUCCUGGGCUAUUCUUUGUUUACUGCCUUCUCUCAUUAUCUCCAACAUUCAGUGAAUCCAUAAAAUACCCUUUUCCAUGUAAAUAUUAACAGUAUACUUUUGUGCAUAUUUGAGCAUAGAAUUAAAUGGCUUUGCAGCAUUGAAUUGCAUCAGAUAUGUACCACAGUAUGGUUAAUUUGCAAGAGCUCAACAGGACGUGUUGUAUUCUGUGUCAUAGAUAGUUAGGAGAGUAUCACUGAUGCAUGUCAAUGCUUUUGCUGCUGUACCUUGCUCCUUCCACUGUCCACAGUCUCCACUACAGGAAGCCAUGUGUCAGUGAUGAAGUGAAUCAAGUUGUCCAACCAGACCUCAUUCUUUCAAAUCAUUAAGCAAUAGUUUGCAGCUAUUUAUGAGCUUUUUUAGUUUUGCAUUUUAAAUUUGAAGUGGCUGCUAUAUGGUGUAGAAUCAGACUGUACAGGCCAUAUUGCAAACUGUUAAACCUGUUGACAAUGUGGUUAGCAUAUAUAAAUAAUGUAAAGAAACAGCAACAGUUCUGUAUAUAAGAAAAGUGUCUUCAAGUUUAGAUCACUGUUUCUUAUAUUUCUUUCCUCAUUCACUUGGCUUAUUUUCUAACCACAGUAAUUCCAAACUGGCAUCAUCACACUAUGAGGAAAAAAGUGAGUAUUUGUAAACUAUCUUGUUUUAAUAAUAUAUUUGCAUAUAUUCCAAUGUGAAGUAAAUUGUGUAAAUCUGGAACCCAGCUUUGUUUCCAAAUAGUUACAGGACAUAGCAAGGAAAGCAUUAGGGGAAUGUGCGAAUUUCUAGCACUAUUUGCAUCAGAAGUUCUAAGAUAGUUUCAUAGUUGAUUAAAUCCUUGCUAUCUUGCAGUGUCUGUUUACAUAGUCUACUCUUAUUCUUUUUUGAAUCACAGUGCACUAGGCUUGUACAAAUAAAAUGUUUCCCAAGAAGAAAAUGGCACAUUUGUAUAAUUGAGGACAUCAGGACAUUUUGUGUUUCAUACACAAGCUACCAUUAAAUGUAGAAUCUUUCUUUCACAAAUGCUUUUGACUUGUAAUGUGUUGGUGAAAUGCAUGCUGGAAAUUGUUAUUAUCAUAAACAACGCAAACAAUAUUACAUAUGAGCCAAAAAAUAAAGAUUUCUUUUUUAUAAGAUUGUGUUUA